AUGUUAGCAAAGGCUCCCACCAACGAGCCUAUAGCUAUCGUCGGUAGCGCCUGCCGAUUUGCAGGUGGAGCGAAUUCCCCUUCCAAACUAUGGGAUCUCCUCCGCAAUCCCAAAGACAUACGCAGCAACAUAACCGAUAAGCGGUUCAAUGCUAAUGGCUUCUACCACCCCGAUGGCUCACAUCACGGUCAUAUGAAUGUUCUGCAGUCCUAUCUGUUAGAAGAGGACACGCGCCUCUUUGACGCUGAGUUCUUUGGUAUUAAUCCUGUCGAGGCCAAAGCAAUGGAUCCACAACAGAGGCUGCUUCUUGAAGUGGUAUACGAGUCGAUUGAAUCGGCCGGACUGAGUAUUGACCGACUGCGAGGAAGUGACACUGCUGUCUUUGCUGGCCUCAUGUGCGGCGACUAUGAGGCCAGGAUGCUUAGGGAUCUGGAUCAGGUGCCUACACAUUUCGCCACAGGAACAUCUCGCGCAGUCAUGUCAAACCGUGUGUCAUACUUCUUUGAUUGGCAUGGUCCAUCUGUCACCAUCGACACGGCUUGUUCGUCAAGUCUAGUUGCUGUCCAUCAUGCUGUCCAGGCACUUCGGUCAGGGGACAGCCACGCAGCGGUGGCAUGCGGUUCCAAUCUUAUCUUCGGCCCCGAAAUGUAUGUAAUCGAAAGCAAGCUGAAAAUGCUUUCACCCGAUAGCCUGAGUCGGAUGUGGGACAAGGAUGCGAAUGGCUAUGCGCGCGGUGAAGGUGUAACUGCCGUCGUCCUCAAAACGCUUAGCCAGGCCCUUGCAGACAACAACAGAAUCGAAGUUGUUAUCCGAGAGACGGGUAUGAACUCGGAUGGAGCAACGCCUGGAAUAACAAUGCCUAGCGCCAGUGCACAGCGGGAUCUAAUACGUAGCGUUUACAGGAAAGCUGGUCUCGAUCCUGAAUCUGCGGAGGAUCGUCCUCAGUACAUUGAAGCACACGGUACUGGAACACCAGCUGGAGACCCAAUAGAAGCCGAAGCUCUCAGCACCGCAUUCUUCGGUGAAGGAGCGAAGAUGACCACUCCAAUCUACACUGGCUCCAUAAAGACUGUACUUGGACAUACAGAAGGUUCAGCUGGUCUUGCAGCACUGUUGAAGGUCACGCAAGCCAUGCAAAAUUCUACCGUGCCGCCUAACCUUUGGUUCCAACAAAUCAAUCCCAAGUUGAAGCCAUUCUAUGGCAAUCUCCAGAUUCCUACCCAUGCUCUCAUUUGGCCAAAGCCAUUUGGCCGACGCCCUAAACGCGCUAGUAUCAACAACUUCGGUUUUGGGGGUACCAACGCACAUGCCAUUGUGGAAAGUUAUGAGCUACAGUCACAAGAGCUGGUGGAGGAGGCUUCCAGUGCAGUUACGGUGUCAACACCGUUUGUUUUCUCAGCUGCCUCAACAGAGUCUCUUCGUUCUAACCUUGCUGCCUAUGCGACCUAUUUGGAUGCCAAUCCCCAGACUAACACACGCGAUCUCGCGUACACAUUACGCGAGCGUAGAUCUGUGCUUCCUUUCCGUAUUGCCUUUUCAGACACGACUGUGGAGAGCCUCAAACUAAGCAUUACAACCCGCUUGGCCGAGUCUGGGAGUGAGAGUCUUGGCGUGCGCACGUGGGCGGCGGGCAAUGGUGGACGCUCCAAGGUUUUGGGAGUCUUCACUGGUCAGGGAGCGCAAUACGCUCGGAUGGGUGCAGAGCUGGUCACUCAAAUGGUUCUCGCGCGACAGAUACUAGAGAAGCUGGAAGGUUAUCUUUCUGAACUCUCAGAAGGCGACCGUCCAAGCUGGUCUCUCACGACUGAAUUGCUUGCUGACGCGUCCGUCUCUCGAGUUGGAGAAGCGGCUAUUUCACAGCCGCUUUGCACAGCAAUACAGAUUAUCUUGGUCGAUCUCCUGCGGUCGGCUAAUGUUAAGUUUGACACUGUUGUCGGCCACUCUAGUGGCGAGAUAGCAGCUGCAUACGCAGCGGGAUACCUCAGCGCACGCGAUGCCAUUCUUGUUUCCUACUUCAGAGGGCUUCAUUGCAAACUCGCCACCAGUCCGAACGGGAACAAUAUCAAAGGUGCCAUGCUUGCUGCUGGCACUUCGAUGGAAGAUGCUACAGAGUUACGCCAGAAUGAGGAGCUCUUAGGACGCAUAGGCGUGGCAGCUAGCAAUUCGUCGUCGAGUGUGACUCUCUCCGGUGACGAGGAUGCGAUCAAUGAGGUCGCGGCAGUUCUGGAAGACGAAAAGAAGUUCAACCGACGUCUCAAGGUUGAUACGGCUUAUCAUUCAAGUCACAUGUUGCCUUGUUUUGAUCCCUAUAUAGCUUCGCUACGACGCGCGGGUGUGAAGGCAGUGCUGAGUAAUGGGGAAUGUACCUGGUUCUCUAGCGUCUACGGGGGCCGAUCUAUUAACCCAUCUACUGACGAGAUUAGCGAUGUUUACUGGGCGCAGAACAUGACAAAGCCUGUACUGUUCUCCCAGGCUGUCCAGGCGGCUGUUGAGGUGGCCCAAGAUGCUGAACCUCACACUCUAGUGCUCGAGGUUGGUCCGCAUGCCUCUCUAGCCGGACCGACCAAGCAAAAUAUUCAAGAGGUUCUUCAAAAAGACAUUCCUCACCAUGGGACACUUGUUCGCGGGAGCAGUGCCGUCACUGCCUUUUCAGCCUGCCUUGGCUUUCUUUGGACUCGUCUUGACACCGGAUCCCUUGACCUUGGUAAUUGCGAGGCCGCCCUCUCUGGCGGCAAGCAAAAGUCCACCGUCCUCGGCAAUCUGCCCAGCUAUCAAUGGAAGCACGAGUCUGCUUACUGGGCUGAAUGCAGGAAGUCGCGUCAUAUGCGCUUGUGUGCCCAGCCAUUCCAUCAGCUUCUUGGUGACGUGUCUCCAGACAGCGCUCCACAUAUCCUGCGUUGGAAGAACGUACUGAAGCCAAGAGAGAUGACCUGGCUGGAGGGACAUCAAGUGCAGAAUCAGGUUGUGUUACCAGCUGCUUCCUACGUUUCUACAGCCAUCGAGGCUGCACAAUCUCUCGCUAGAGACAAGCACAUACAGCUCAUCGAACUGAGGAACUUUCACAUCCACAACGCCAUCACUUUCGACCAGAAUGAUGUCGGGAUCGAAGUGCACAUUGAGCUUUCCAACAUUUCUAUUCAAGGAAACCAAGUUCAUGCCAACUUCACCUAUUCUGCUGCGCUGGGAGACGAGAUAAAUGAUCUCGCUCUUGCAGCCAAUGGAGAACUUAAAGUUUUCCUGGUCGACGAGACGCCGGAUCUAUCGCUCUUCCCGAAGCGCCAGAUACCGCCGCCUCACAUGAUUCCAGUGCAUCCAAGCCGCUUAUACAAUUUCAUGAAGAGUCUAGAGUACGACUUCUCAGGUGCGUUCCAGUCUCUGGUCAAGCUCGAGCGAAAGUUAGGGCACGCGACAUGUCUAGCUCAAAAGGCAAAAUCGUUGGUUCCCGAUGCAGAUGGGCUUCUCAUGCAUCCUAUUGACUUGGAUGCUGCGUUCCAGUCCGUUAUGCUAGCCUACAGUUAUCCAGGCGACGACCAAUUACGUUUGUUGCACCUGCCAACGAGCAUAGCGAAGCUGCGCGUCAACCCCAGCGUUCUCGCGUCUCAGCAAUACACCGAAAACGAAAUUACGGUGAUAGAUUCUACGUGCACUACAGCGGAUCGGGCUGAGCCUGGAGAGGGAUUUUCGGGCAACGUGAACAUGUACGUUCCUGGUUUCGACCACGCCGCCAUCCAGGUCGACCAGGUCAAAUUUAAACCCGUUGGUUCAGACGCUAGCAAUGACCGCGAUGUGUUUUACAAGAUGCAUUGGGUACCUAGUGCGCCCGAUGGAACGCUUGCUGCAGCUGGUGUCCCCUUAGGCAAACAGGAUCAUGAUCUCAUGUUCGUUCUGAGUCGCAUCGCAGCUUAUUAUCUGCGAAAUUUCGAGGAGCAGCUUCCCGAAGACGACCCUGCAAGGACAACAAGCCCUCUGUGUCACUACAUGAAUUAUGCGCGACACAUGACAAAUCUUCUCAAGACUGGGCAACAUAGGUGGGCGCACUUAGAGUGGUUGAAUGAUACAGAGCAGGAUGUCCUUGAUGAUAUCGUGGCUAAGGGCUUUAUGGAUAACUCGGAUGUUAAGAUCAUGUUGUUGGUUGGAACCAUUAUGCCCCGCGUCUUCAAGGGCGAGACGACCAUGCUCGAACACUUCCGAACCUCAGGUCUGCUCGACGAGUACUACUCCAAUGGGUUCGGCACGAAGCAAUCUACUCUGUGGGUUGCUAGUAUUCUUAAGCAACUGACAAGCCGCAACCCGCAUCUAAAUAUGCUCGAGAUCGGAGCUGGAACCGGUGGUGCUACCAAGACGAUCCUUCAGUCCAUUGGUCAUGACUUUGCCAGUUACACUUUCACCGACAUUUCGUCUAGUUUCUUUGAAAACGCAGCCGAGACUUUUGCAGAUUGGCAGGACAGUAUGGUCUUCAAGGUAUGCAAUGCUGAAGUUGAUCCCGUUCAGCAAGGUUUCGUAGCUGGCACCUAUGAUGUCGUCAUCGCGUUCAUGGUUGUCCACGCAUGCGCGAAACUAGACGAGGCUGUUGCCAACCUGCGUAAGUUGCUCAAGCCUGGCGGUUUGCUAGUACUUGGAGAGGGGGCCAGCGACGGCGCAAUGCAAGCUGGUGCGGGUUUCAUUUUCGGAACUCUGCCGGGCUGGUGGCGUGGCGUUGAAGAGGGGCGCACACUUUCGCCCUUGGUGAAUGCUUCCGAGUGGAAUGCUAUUCUUAAGGGUUCGGGGUUCUCAGGAAUCGACACUAUGUCGCCGCCGGAACUUUUUGAUGCUUUCGGUAUCACGCUCUUUGUAUCUACUGCUGUGGAUGAGCGCAUUGAAUUCGCCCGCGAUCCCUUUGCCAAUGCCAAAGACGCGGUGUACGACGCGGUCGUCGUCGUUGGAGGACGCACAUCACCUAUCUCCAAGCUUUCUCAGGGUAUCCAAGCGGUAUUGAAACCGGUGGCCAAGCAGAUUGUGGCUUACGCCUCUCUGGAAGAUCUGGAUGAAAACGUCCUCGACAACGAGUCAGUCAUUGUCAGUCUCGUGGACCUGGAGGCUCCAAUCUUCAAAGACAUUACACCACAGAGAUGGUCCAAGUUCAGGAAGCUGUUUGAAACAAAGCGAGACAUUCUGUGGCUCACGAGCGGCCGCCUAGAAGAUGAGCCGUACUGCAAUAUGACAGUCGGCUUCGGUCGAUCUGCUAUGCAUGAGGAAGAAACUCUUCGCGUCCAAUAUAUAGACGUGGCGAACGUUGGUGAAUUCGACGCUGAAAAGGUUGCAGAAUAUCUUGUUCGCUUUACUUCAACCCGUUUGGAUGAUAAAGAUAUCCUAUACACUAAAGAGCCAGAAAUCAUCAUUGACGCUCAUGGAAAAGAGCUGGUCCCGCGCCUGUUCACCAUUGAAGACGCCAACAACCGUCUGAACUCUACUACGCGACCCAUCUUCGAUCAGGUUGAUGUUAGCAAGAACGUCAUUAGCUUGGAGUACGGCAAAGAUGGGCCAUACUUCCGGCAGUUGUCGCGAUACGAGUUUGCAGAGACAACGUCUACCAGGCGCGAGCUUGUAGAACUGCGUCUCACGCACUCCACCGCAUCCGCAAUCAGGUGUCCAACGGGCUACUAUUAUCUUGCUCUUGGAUACGACAAGUCCGGGGCUCUACGUCUCGCUUUGACCAGUUCCUUGACUUCUAUACUUUGCACUCCACUCGAGUCAACCAUUGUGUGCGAACGACAUAGCAUCCCGGAAGCAGAUUACGUUGCACUGAUAGCAGCCGAGCUCAUUGCCAUGGCUGUUAUUGAUCCUCUCUUCGCUGGUCAAAAGCUAGUCGUGCACAAUGCUUCCGAGUCUAUCAUUGGACCCCUUCUCGCCCAUGCUUCAUCCAAGAGCGUGGCAGUAACCCUCACAGUAGAUUCCUUGGGUGCGGCCGUGUCUCCAGCUAUCGCCUCGCAGACCCAGAUACACAAGUUCUCCGCACGUUCGGAUAUUGAGGCCGUCUUACCUUCUGACCUGGUGUGCUUUGUCGACUUGUCGGCCUCGAAUCAAGCUGAGAACGUGGCAAUGAUUACUUCAUGUCUUCCCGCCUACUGCCGUAAGGAGAAUAUGGGUUCCAUCUUGUCGCUACAAGGAGUAGACACUGGUGCCCCCAAAUAUUUGGUGGGACAACUUCUUUCCAGGGCUCUCAGUAUGGCUAAAGGACGCGACGUGUUAGCUUUAACUACACCACUGGGUCUCGAGGCGCUUGCUAGAAGAGAACAGCACGUAGAUGCUCUUGCAAUUAUUGAAUGGACAGGGUCAUUCACGAAAGUUCCUGCACGUGUCAACCGAUUCGAGUCCAACCAGCUUUUCAAGUCUGACAAGACGUACUGGCUCGUCGGGUUGUCUGGCGCGCUGGGCAUCUCCCUGUGCGACUGGAUGAUUGAGAGAGGCGUACGCUAUCUUGUUCUGACCAGCCGAAAUCCAAAGAUCGAUCCGCGCUGGAUUCAGAACCACGAACAAAAUGGUGUUGUCAUCAAGAUCCUCCUGUGUGAUGUAACAGAUGAGAAGGCCAUCAUUAAUGUCCAUACAGAAAUUGUGAAGACGCUUCCUCCCAUUGUCGGGCUCUUGAAUGGUGCCAUGGUUCUGAGAGACGUGUCGGUCCGCAACAUGGAGUUUGACCAAGUCACUGACGUUAUCAGACCAAAGGUGCUUGGCAGUAUCCACCUCGAUCGCAUCUUUUACAAUGUCGAUCUCGACUUCUUCGUACUCUUGUCUUCAAUAAACUGUGUUAUUGGAAACGUUGGUCAGGCUAAUUACGCCGCGGCCAAUAUGGGCAUGAUCGGUGUUGCAGGUAACCGGCGCAAGCGUGGCCUUCGCUCUUCUGUUGCCAAUGUCGGUGCCAUCAUCGGUGUUGGUUACAUUACACAGUCUGACCGCCAGCUCGAUGUAACGGUAGCGAAAACAGCUAUGAUGCAUUUGUCGGAGCAGGAUUUCCAUCAAAUCUUCGCCGAGUGCAUGGAGGCAGGCCAUCUAGACGAUCCCAGUGGCCCAGAAAUAUCGACUGGUCUACUCUCGAUCACUCCAGAAACCAUCGACAUCCCCCCAUGGUACUCCGAUCCAAAGUUUGCUCGUUUCCGCAUCUACAGAUUUGGAGGUAAUGGUGGCAAAUCAGAGGCGACAAACUCUGCAUCUACCCAGGAUCUCCUGCAGGCGUGCCGCUCCCAGGCUGAUGUUAUAAAUGUUAUCAAGCAAGCAUAUUGUGCCCAGCUGCGCAAGAUGCUCCAGGUUUCCACCGUUGAUGAUGACCUGAUGAUGAUGCGAGGUGUAGAUCUCGGUUUCGAUUCUCUGCUUUCUGUCGACGUACGGUCAUGGUUCUUCAAGAACUUCCGCGUUAGUAUUCCUGUCCUCAAGAUUAUGGCAAACGAUGUACGCAUGUCUAGCUUGGUCGAAUUGGCUGCCGAAAGCAUCCCCACAGAACUCGUGCCACAGGUUCAACAGAUCAAUGCCGACCAGCAUGCCUCUCCGACACCAGAUGGCGAGAACAGUGAAAGCAGCCACGUCGAUACAUCAAGCACCCGUGUCACUUCACCCAGCACUUUGGGCGAUGAAACUCCUGACACAGACAUUAAAACCCAGCCUGGUAGUCCUGCAAUUGUGGACUGGGACUUUGAGACUACCCCGCCUAAGCCUUUUACUCUUUAUGGGCUCCACGAUGCGCCCAAGCCAAAUGGGAACCCAGAAGUUGUCGUCCUCACUGGUUGCAGUGGCCUCCUUGGCCACCAUCUUCUCAAUAAACUUGUGGCCCAAUCUUCGAUCCGGAAGAUCAUAUGUCUUGCAGUCCGACGCCUUAGUUCGCGCCUCCAAAGUGGAGAGCUUCCCACCCUAAAUGAACGCAUUUUUUACUAUGAAGGCGACCUUAAGUCCGAUUAUUUCGGCCUGGACGUUGCUACCUGGAGUUCCGUCUUCUGCGAGGCAGACGCAGUCAUCCACAACGGCUCAGACACCUCCCACCUGAAGUAUUACUCGGCAUUGAAGCGGGCGAAUGUCGACUCUACAAAACAACUCGUAUCCACAUGUCUGCAGCGUAUGAUUCCCCUUCACUAUGUCUCGUCAGCUGGUGUGGCCCUCUUCGCCGAGCUGGACGCUUUUCCGCCAAUCUCAUGCACGAUGACGGGUAAGACCCCGCCAGUCGACGGCACACACGGCUAUAUGUGUGGAAAAUGGACUUGCGAGAAGAUGCUUGAGCGGGUACAUAAGAAAUACGGUUUGCGUAUCGUUAUCUAG